CCGGGCAAUGGUGCUUCAUCUUCUUUUUUUUAAAAAAUAGAGAUGGAAUAUGUAUUAGAAAGAUAAUAUGUAUUCUAGACAGAGAGGAAAGAGAGUAUUGUUUAUCAGCGAGCAGCAUGCAUUUGUGGGAUUGAUAAUGAUAUUGGAAGGGAAAUAAGAUGUGUGUGCAUAUCAAACCUUCCGAAAAGCUGAAGCGUUUCAAGAGUGCUUGUUGAUCUACACUAUCUAUUUGCGUGAUACAUAAUGAAAUGAAUGAGUAAGAGCAGUAAGAAUUUUUCCGUCUUAAAAGAAUGAAAUCAAGCAGUCACAAAGAGAGUACAUUGCGCUUUUCGCCAAAAAUAAGUAUAAAAUGUUGCUCAUUGUUGUUGUGUAGAGUUUCCGAAGAAAAUACAGAUCAGAAAUAAAAAUUCAUAAAAAAUAGCAAAUAGUUUAAUUAAAUAAAAUGGAGACUCCUGAGAGAUUGGAUAAUUGUCCAAGUACACCAGAAUUAGAUGUAGUUGACGAGGUACCAUCCACAAGUUGUAAUAAUAUCGAAGAAGCUCGUUUGACUCAGUUAAAACAGGGAAAAGGAAUUUGUGUUAUUUGUUAUUCAUCAAUAAAGGAAGGAAAGAGGUGUUUUCCAGAAAGCUGUCUUCAUAUCUUUCAUUUUGAUUGCCUUCAGCGAUGGUCUGAGCAAAAGAACCAAUGUCCACUAUGUAAAAAAGUAUUCGACCAAAUCAUUCACAAUAUCAAAUCAAAAACUGAAUAUGAAAGAUAUCCAGUUACAGUGUUAAGACAAGACGACUCAGCAAUAGACUUAAGAGAUUUAGUGUCAUUUCCAGUAAUUCCAUUAAAUUCCGUAUUUCAUCGAGUUGAUUUUCUUACAACUCACUCACCUAGACGGAGAUUUACGUAUAGAACGAGAUUUGAGGCCACUUUGGAACAAAAUGAAAGAAUUCAAGAACUUUUUGGAUCGCGCGUAGAUAAUGAUUAUGCACGAUUAACUCCUGCUGAAUGGCGUAGAUAUAUUUAUGAAAGGAACUUAUAUGCACUACCACUUUCUGACUUGGCAGGUCGCUACCGUGAAUGCAGCGCACAAUUCUAUAGAGAAAAUCCAGCACAAACACAUCGUCUGAUUCCAUGGCUAAAUAGAGAAUUAGUUGUACUAAUGCAAACAAAUCAAACUACUCAUAUUCCACAAAUUUUAGAAGAUAUGAGAGACAUGCUGUGUCGAUAUGAUAUACAAAGUAGGAAAGUUAGAAAGUACUUCCAACGAUAUCUUCAUUUAAAAACUGAUCAUUUUGUUCACGAGUUCUACAACUUUGCUAUUUCACCCUACGAUAUUGUUGGAUAUGACAGACAUGUUGACUAUAAUCCAAGAAAUCAAAGUACAACAACGACAGUUGAAAUAUCAAGUUCCACAGAUAGCUCUGAUGGCGAUGAAGUACAAGUCAUAGAUGUUGAGCCGAUAAUUAAUGAAGAAGCAUCUAAUUCAGGUUCAAAUAAUAAUGUUACAAAUUGUACGACAGUAGUUUUGGAGACACAAGGUAGUCAAGAGGAUAAUUGUGUGAUCACAGAAAUUACCACAUCGGAAAGCAAUAAUAAUAAUGAUAGCAGUAGCAGUAGUGGUGGAAUAAUAGUAACGCCAACUAUUAUAGAAUCUAAUCCUGUCAUUCUUGAAAGUAGCUCAGAUAGUGAAUGUGAAUUUGUGUUGGCAUUAAAACCACCACAUUUGCGUACUCCUGAAAUGAUGAGUCUCGAUUCAGCUAGUGAUAGUGAUUGUAUUUAUAUUCCAAACCAACCGACAAUGGUAACUCGUGUUGAUUCGUCAACAACAGAUAGUGAGGAUAAUAAACCUCUCGCGGAGACGAAGAAACAACUUAAAUCAGAGGUUGAUGAAAUGAAACCUUUAAUACAAGAGUUUAAUGGAAUUUGUGAGGGAAAGAAUCUUGAUGAUUUUGAUGAAAACUUAAUCAAUACUCUAUGUGAACCAUCGACGUCUAAAGCUUUAGAGCAACAGCAGGCAAAUGGAAAUACAGUUAAGAAAAUUUAUUUUGCACCUAAAAGGAAAAAUCUCUCUGGCAAGAGUAUUUUUAGUUCAAGUAGUUCUAGCAGCACAAGUAGUAAUUCAGGUGAAAGUGAGGAUGAAUGGGAAACACUACAAAAUGGAAAGACAAAAAGUAGGCGAAAAUUGACAGCUAAAAAAUUAAAGAAAAUGCGUUUAUCCACUUCCAGUAAUCCAAAGCCAUUGAGCCAAUUACAAAGUUCCGAAGAAGCCACACACAUUAAUGAUGAAAAUGAUGUCGAUAAACCACGAAUAAAGAGCGUAAUUAUUAAGAAAACAGAUAAUGCACAUUACAUACAAAGAAUGACAUCAAGUAGCAGUGACUCAAGCUCGGACGUCGAAUAAUUUUAAAAACUUAGAUUAAUUUAAACUUAAAGUGUGAGUUUAAUAAUAUUUAUGACGAAUCCCUUUUUUCACAUAGAUCCUAAGGAUUUCAUGAACAUCCAAAGGGUAAAAUAGUUGAAAAUUAAGUGUAAUUACAACUUACUUCAGUCAAAAUAACUGUUUGAUAUAAAGGAAAGAUGUCGGAUGUUCUCAAAUAAAGCCGCAUCAACAAUUACACCAAAGAUACUUUUCAGAGCAGAUUUAGAGUUCUGCUAAACCUUUAAGCAACCACCGAUAGUUUCGAGACCAGAGUUUUAUAUCUGCUCGAGACAAGUUGUUUGGAAGUUAAUUUUAUUCUGCUAAAAAUUCAAGCUAUAGUUUCUUAAGUAUCAAAAUAAAGUUUGUCAUAAAUUCUAAUACGAACGGGGCGUAUUCGGAGGUUAUUGAGUUUGUUUUGUUUGGACUGAAAAUUUAAGAGGGGUUUGAAAUAUUUUCGUAUGUCAAAACCUCAAGCAAACAUAAAGGGGGGAAGGAUUCUGUAGCUGUAACACAUGUAUUGUCCGUCGUAUUAUGAAAUCCUUACCAAAGUAAGUUGUAUUUUUACAUUAUUUCAAACUGUUUAGCCCCUUGUGAACAUCUAUUUUAAAGAAUAAGGACAUAUGUACAAUUUACAUAAGAAUUACCUCUUUUCAUGUUCAUAAAUUAAUGUAAAAGAAUGAAAAUCAAAUAAAAAAAUAGAAUAAAUAAAAGAGAGAGAGAGAAAGAAAGUUAAGG